AUGAAAACGCGAAAAAGUCGUACAUUCUGUGCCUGGAGAGUUGUCUCCCAGAACAAUGGAUAUGUUUGCGUCCAUGCUGGCGAGGAUAUGAUAGCCGCCGUGAAAGGCGCCGUAGUCAUUCCCCAUGGCAUGAAUCGUCCUCGGACAUGCGAUUCCACCUGGGCCCUAACUGCUGAACAUGGAGGCGGAGAACCCGAAACGGGCAUCAGUGAUCUUACCUUCGAAUGGAUCAUUGACGGAACAGUGGUCAAGUUAAAACAGGGCAAGACGGAUUAUGUUCUGCCUGACAUUUGGGACCAGAUGGCAGAUGCAAUUGAGCAGUUGAAACCCCAUACCGGCGACCAAUUUUCGAUUGCCGACGUGGACAGCACGACGUAUGGGAUCUGGACGCUGGAAGGUCCAGAUGAAUUCAUGUGGGAAGCCUUUCAGCCAGGUCUUCAAGUGACAACAGCACUUCCCAUGGCAGCUAUCUAUGGUCUAAUCAACACGGUGGCAGAUGGCGAGGAUAAUGUGGUUCUGCCUGCUUCACGUACGAAAACAAGACGGCUAGUGCAAGUUACAGAGGAAGAUUUAGAGGAGCAUUACACUGAUGAUAGCACACUUGACGACGCAACUCUCGGCUUUUUCUCCCUGCUCAUGUCUUACGUAAAGCUGGCGACCCGCAUGGACAGUGGUAACCGUGAGAGCGGACCAAAGCAGCUUCUCUUCAUCAUGCCAAGAACAAGCUGGAAUAAGUUGUACGAGCUUUACGGGACUGACCAUGAUCAAGAUGAGUCCGCUCGGAAAAGAAAAUGCAAGAAAAGGAGGAAAGAUAAGCGGAGUCUCCUGGACAUCGUUGACGACUUGGCAAAAAAGAAGGGAAUCGAGAAUGCAGGUUCAGCAACAUUCAAAUGGCAUAAGCAAAAUAAUCACCGAGUGACGACCUAUCCGGGCAUUUCAACAAGUUGUACCCCGCAAAACCAGGUUCGAAGAGCACUCGAAAUGAGGGCAAACGAUGAUGUGGACAUCAACACAGACUGGCCCGCCAAAGACACUGAUGUCGAAAGGAAAGAAUUGGCCGUCGAAACGUGGGUAAAGGAAUUAGAAAACGGAAAAGAUGUCCUCGCAGUAAUGGAUAGAUUAGUUUGGGACGGCCAAAUUGGAGGCUUCGGAUCUAGGACGGAAGGUCCCCUGACGGAGUCAAGCUCUGAGGAAGAACUCGGCUUGUUCGAGUUGAGGGAUAUCUCUGUAUUUGGGUAUGGCAGAGACUCCAUUCGAACAAAGCUUCUGAGGAUUGAAGAGCAAAUUAAGGGCUGGCAUGACGCAAAUUCGCAGGCCAGAAAGAAGCGCAGCCUGCUGUGCAAAAAGCCGGGAUUCGAAAACCAGGAUUGUAAGGGAAAUCAGGUCCCGAAUAUACUUGGAAAGUGCGAAGAUUGCGAGAAAGGCUUUAAGCCAAAUAAGCAAAACACCAAGUGCAUUCCUGGCAGCCCGGAAGAUAACGACGAUGGAAAGCAAGGUAAAUGUAAAGACAAAGACUUUAUCUUGGAUCCUGCGCAAGGGGGGCAGGAAGAGAAUACGGAAAAUCCCAUUUGCACAUACGACGACGACAAGAAGUGUAAGCAGAAGGGACAGACGGCAGUAACACGAACACCGAACAAUAAGGUUGAGCCCAAAGACGCAGAUGCCUAUCAACCGUCUGUCGAUCAAACACGCCAUGCAAAACAACAACUGCGAGAAAGAUACAAUCAACGGGUGGAGAGCGCAAGAAAGCAGAAGGAAAAAACGAAGGAGGCUCGUAAGGAGGAACGACGAACCAACAGCCGUCGCACACGCAUGGGCCUCUGCUUCACUCUAUUAGCAGGCCUCCAAGCGUGGGAUUUGGCUGAGAUCGAAGCUAUGCCUGGCAAUGAUAUGGCGGGCAUGUUGGAGCUUUGGCCAGAAGACGGAGAGCUCAAAUAUAACAUACCCAUUCACAUAUCCGACUACAAGAUCACAGUAACUCACAAGCAAACAAAACCAAUCGUAGUAAUUAUCGGCGGAGAUUCCUCACUGGCAGGGGGUUUUCCAUUUUUGGGUCUACUUAAUGCCGCGGGCAGGGUCCUUAGCCCGAUCACAAGAAUUUCUGGUGGCGCAAGCAGAGUCUAUACUUCUGUCCGAUCAGGAAAAACGGGCAAAGCAAGUGCGGAGGCCAUCAAAUCUGCGCGGAGUUCCGGUACAGUAGGGAAGAUUCUGAAGGAUCAGCGCUUCCUGGAUUGUCUAGCAGCGACCCCAGCUGUAAUCGCUCAACAGGCGGGUAAGCCCUCAAAACGAGACGAUGGCGGUAUUGUGGAGAUUCUUUAUCCGGUCGACGAGUAUUGGAACGUCUCGAUAAAAUUCGACCCAACCGCACCGUACUAUGACCCCAAGAUCCCCCCACCCGAAUUCGAUGAUCGUCACAUCGAGCUCUGGGGGCGUAAUGACGCGCCAGGGCUCUUCGAGGCGGAAAUUGAGCUGUUGCCUCUCGGAGUAACAUACCCUGACCAGGUUCGGCGCGAGAAUCGCCUCCUGUAUGAGACAUGCAUGUCCGUACCAACUGUUGGGAACACCUUGACAGCUGCAGCUGUCGUUGGAGGGUGUUGUGCCUUCUAUGCGGACUCUGACUGCAACUACGGCUUAUUUCUGUUUGCGAUGACCAACAGGACUGACCUCAGGCUCAGAGGAGAAGACAACGAUAAUGUUGAAGCCGUCUGGUGUACUUUCGAUGAGUUGUGCAAGAACGCGCCAGGGCCACCGCAACACUGA